GGUGCGCGCGCUGGGGCGGUCGGAGCUCACAGGUCCUGACUGGGAACCAGUAGACAGGUCCUGGCAGGGGAGAGUUGUGGUCGCCACGGCGCGGGGUAUAGGCGGGUUUAACGGGAUGGAGUCGCGAGUCGCGGAUGCCGAGGCCCGCGAGGCUCAGAGUGCUGCGGCCGAGGGCCCAGCAAGCGGCGAUGCCUCUCAGAGGCUUCCAGUCUCGGAGCCCUUGGGAGCUGCCCGGUGGAAGCUUCUGCGGCAAGUUCUGAAGCAAAAACACCUGGAUGGCUGUCUGCGACACGUAUCUGUGAGAAGAUUCGAAUCAUUUAAUCUGUUUUCAGUAACAGAAGCCCAAAAAAGGACAACUGAAGAGGACGUUGGUGCAUGGAUCCAAUAUACAAGUGUCUUCUAUCCUGAGUACAGCAUUUCUUUAAGGCAUAAUAAUGGAUCUUUGAAUGUUGAAGAUGUUCUUACCAGCUUUGACAAUACAGGAAAUGUUUGCAUCUGGCCAUCUGAAGAGGUUUUGGCUUACUACUGCCUCAAGCACAGUCAUAUAUUCAGGGACCUUGCUGUGUGUGAGCUAGGGGGUGGCAUGACAUGCUUGGCUGGGCUCAUGGUUGCUAUUUCUGCAGAUGUCAAAGAAGUUCUGUUAACUGAUGGGAAUGAAAAGGCCAUCAGAAACGUGAGAGACAUCAUCACAAGGAAUCAGAAGGCUGGUGUGUUUAAAACUCGGAAAAUAUCAAGCGGCGUUUUACGAUGGGAUAAUGAGACAGAUGUCUCUCAACUGGAAGGACAUUUUGACAUUGUUAUGUGUGCUGACUGCCUGUUUCUGGACCAGUACAGAGCCAGCCUUGUUGAUGCAAUAAAGAGAUUACUCCAGCCCAGAGGGAAAGCAAUGGUAUUCGCCCCACGCCGAGGGAAUACUUUAAACCAGUUUUGCAAUCUAGCUGAAAAAGCUGAUUUCUCUAUCCAAAGACAUGAAAAUUAUGAUGAACACAUUUCAAACUUCCACUCCAAGAAAUCUCCCUUCUUUGAGCUAGUCUGACCUUGGCAAGAGACUUUGAACUUGUCAUGAUUUUGCAAGUUGUGAACGCAGAAAAGUUAAGCCCUGACCUUAAUUUUCUCCUGAGAAAAUGGGAAGAGCAUUCUUUAUUACCCAGGACUAUGAUAUAAUGUCGAAGUAUGUUGACUUUUGAAAAAUUAUAUGCAAAGUGGAUCUGAUCUUCAGGCACGAGAAAGAAAGUCCUUACUUUGUGGAGAUGGGUUCACUCUUUUGGGUGUCUAAGGUUUCAUUUAGCCCCCCUGGGGGUGGGGUGGGGGUGGGGGAGGAAACGAUGCUUUGUGAACUGAAAGGGUUAAAUCACCUCCUCUGCCUGGUGGGAUUGCCCUUUGCUUACAGUCAGAAAGUAAAAAGAGAAUGGUGUGUUAUUCAAAUCUGACCUGCUUCUCCAGAAUGAGAUUUUUCCCUUUGCAACCCCUCCCCAGAAUAAAAGGAAAGCCUCUGAGGGCUUUACCAGGUAGGGGAAGGGUCUCUCCUCUACCCAAAGGGACAAAAACAGCCUUCUCUCCUGGAUCGGGCUAGAGCUACAGGGAUCAGCCUGUGGCUGCUUAAAUGCCUUGUCAUUCACCUUCCCCCUAGAACAACAAAUGCUUUCAGUUUCUCAGCCACAGAUCAGGAGAGCAAAGGCAAGGAUUUGUCCACCAGCGGAGAGGGUCAGCGUUGUGCCUGAUACCCUCCGUGUCCUCCCUGCAAGAUUGGAAGUGUGCUGGGCCACGUGAGUCCUUCGUGGCCACGUCUCCUUUGUCUAGAACUUUAGAUUGUCAGCGGCUAGCGGACAGCAGCUGCCUCUAUUUUCAAUGCUGUACACUACCCUGCUAAGCAUAGCACGGUCCAUAAAUCGCUAGACAUGCCUCUUGUAUUUAUAUUGUGUCACGUACCCACAGGUAGGUAGUACUCCGUAAAUAACCAUGGACUGAUUGGUCCCACGGAAGUAAAUUUCCAUAAAUAACCAGGCGGCCUUAGUUUUCAUCUCUUCAUGAUUGCUCAAAAGUUAAAACUCUCCACUUUGCUGACCCUGAGCUAAGAAACAGUUUCCCUCCUCCUCAGCUUAUGAGGAGUUGAGAGUUGCGUGUGGCUCUCAGAAAGUGGAGCCGCCAGGGGAAUAUUCUGCAGGGUUGGGGCGCCCCUGACUACGCGGUACCAACGUGAACCCAAGAUGUGUAUUUUUUAAGGAUGCGGCGGUGGGGAGAGCAGUUGCAGCUGGUCUGGUGUUCUAGCAAAAGAGCGCCUCUGGUCCCUUCUGCCCCGGAAGCACAGAAUGCCCUGCCCUCCUGCUUCGGGCGGCGGCGCUGAUAACCGUGUGCCGCCUGGCGGGUGUGUCGGGGCGGCGCCACCCGGCUCCGGCUCGCACGUGGAGGUCUCCUUUGCAACCGAAGGCCGCCCAGACAGGGCCGCGGGCCAAGGCGGAGGGAGCGGGGAGCGCCCCUGCUCCGCGCGGAGCCCCGGUGCUGUUCUCCGGGGCGCCCCCUCGGGCCCCUGCCCUCCGCCCGCCCCGGGGCUCCGGGGACGCGCUGGGGACCGCGCGGCCGCCGGGAACCUCCACCCUGGCCGCUUUUGUUUGCCGCGUGCUAAUAGCCAGGGCUUAAAAGUUUUCCAUCUUGCGCGGCAAUCAGCUUUCUUCCUCUCCGUCUCUGGCCAAAGCCCCACGGUCCCUGGGCCCAGCCUGCUCGCAAACGGAGGAGCAGCGUUUUCCUUCGGGCUGCGUGUUAUCCUCUUAGCCCUACUGUGUUGGAAUAGAGCGUAACCAGCUGGAGGACUGUAAGACGCCUGAUAAUGCCGCUCUUUUCCGCUGUCCCGUCUUAAUCUUGUUACACAAAUGGUUGUGAAGAGAUUCAUGAAUUUUAAUUUCGCCCUCUGCAUUAGUGCCUCACGUCACUCAUACACAGCUGGCUUCUAUGCUGAGUUUUCCACCCCUCCUCUUACAACAGGGGAAAAAAUUAGUUACAAUCUUGGCAGUAGUGGAAGGUAAAAAAAAAAAAAUCUACAGAUUUAGGCAACCACCCAUGAAGCUGAUUAACAGUCAGUGAUCAGGAGGAACAGCUUUGCCUCUUAAACUUUUCACCUCUCAUUGUUAACUGUGAAAUUUUAUUUCCGUUAAAAAGCAAGCCUGUAAUCAAAACGGUGCCAUUCUGCACUUUUCUGCCAGUGCUUUUGUUAAAUUGUGCCCACACCAUGCAGCCAGCGUGCUCAGGAACCAGGCGGCCGAAGGUGUGGUGUUUUAAAAAAUAUUGCCUUUCUGUUCUUCCAGGCGACGGGGAAGAAAAAUAGAACACUUCCCUCUCCUUCCCAACGUCUUGGUCUCCUCCAGGCUAGGAAUCCCGUGCCUUGCCCGUGUCUCAAAACCUUUAGGAUGUUAAGAUAAGCAAAUUGUUUCUCAAGGUGGAGACCUCACUUGGAGCUUACCGCUGGCUUGAAAUCAGUUGAUAAAAAUACUCUCAUUCAUGCAGUCUUUGAAAUCUACAUGCCACAGGUUUUGGGGUUUGUUUCUGUUUUUGUUUUUUUAACUUUUGCAAAACCACCGGUGUGUUUAUUUUCUGUAUUUUGUAGACUUCGCCGUGAAAACAGCCUUGGGCUCAUUUGUGAAGUCGGUACAUUGUGUUAAAAGUAUGGCCGUAUUGCACUUCUGCUUAUCUAUUCAAAAUGCCACUUUACAAGUGGCUGGUGCUUAUAAUCUGUGUGGUGUGCUGUUGAUAAUUGUGGAUACUGUAAAGGGUAAACAGUCUGAACUCUGUCCCUAGUGCUGCUGCUCGCUCAGCGCCGUGGCGAGGCUGAGCGUGUUACAUCCAAUUAUGAAGUAAAGCAUAAUGUUACUAAUAGCCGCUAAGUAAUUUAGUUGGGUCCUCAAAGACCCUGUUUUAACCGAUGAAAUUGAAAAAUUGUUUUAUUCGCAAUUUGCUUUUUGUUCAUUUUUUUUCAAGGUGGUUUUCAUUUCUUAAAAUUGUAAUUAUCAAUUGAGCAGAGAAGUACAGCCUGGGCAAAUGGAAUUACUCUUAGACCACAUCACAUUCCCUCGUCGACAGCAAGUAUUUCCCAACAGCCUUGUGUGUGUUCAGGUGCCCUGACAUGACAGACUUGGUUCAGAAAUGAUCUGGUGCUGGGGUGUGGUGAUGCCUUUGAGGGGCGUUGGUUCUUCCCCGUGGCAGGAAGGGCUCACAGUCAGUGCGGGGCUGGCCCCUGGCCCCUUCUAGCAAGGAAGCCUCUGCUUUGGCCUCCAGAGGUCAGCACAGAAUCCAAGUUAAAAGUGAUUUCUAACCCAUAUUUACAGAAGAAUUAUUUAUCCCACAUAUUACCUCGGGGACUAUAUAAAGAGCUCAUUUGAGUCUCUGUAUAUUAGUGCAUUGUGAGUGAGUAGGUCAGCUGACUCACGCUGAGUAAUCAACUUUCCUCCAUCCCCAAUCCCUGAGGAAGAACUGAGCUAGCCUGACCCCCUCUUCCCUCUGUAAUGUAUGUCAGCGAGCUCCUAUCACUGGGGCAGCUGGCAACAAAGGUAUUUACAGCUGGCAGGCCCUAGGUAGUGGGUUUGGAUUGGGAAGUUUGUGAAGCCAUUUUCUUGGCCUUUUUUUUUUUUUUUUAAGAGUGAUGUUAAGGGACCGUGUGUUGGGGAUUAACACUGUCACUACUUUGGCGGUAACAAAAUUCCAGGGGAUCUUUCUAAGUAGGCAACUAAUCAUCUGUAAACAAAGCAAAGUCCCGGCUAAGAAAACAGAAGGAAGUUACCUCAGUGACUGCACACCAUCUUUUCUUGUGAAAAUGGAUUAGAGAGUACAGGCGAGGUUGGCUUUCUGUUCCCCAGUGAGGGAGGUAAAGCCGGCCCGUUGCUCCUGGUCCUUACCGGUGAGGGUGUGUCACAGUUUGGGAAUAUGAUUUAGAAGAAACAUGAAAAAAUUCAAGUUAAUAUGCCCCAGACCUAUACUAAUCCAGGAAAGUGUCAUGUUGGAGCCAUUCAUGUAGUUUGGGGGGGGGGGGGGGUGAGGGGAGGUAAUCUGAUUCAAAACAAUAAAAGAAUUGGUUCCGUGUAUUAUUAAAAGAAAUAUUUAUUUCUGAUCCUUAUCACUUAAAAACUGAAUUAACAAUUGGCUCAGAAAUGCCGAUGUCAAAAUACUGAUUUUUGUCUUUAUAAAUAGCAAAUUAUUUUUUGCCAGGAGAAAUAUAAAUAUGACCAUCAAAGUCUUCUGGCCGAAUGAGGAAAAGAGUACUCUAGAUUUGAGAACCUGAUUGGAUUUUUAAAACUACCACGGAAAGGCCCUCAGAACUUCACCUGAAUGGUAUCGAAGCUUGCUGCUCUAUUGUUGGACUCUGUUUUCCUCCUCAGAGAAAAGAGUUUUUGAAUUAUCAUUAAUAUUAACCCCCCCCCCCCCCCCCCAAGGAGCAGCUGGAGAGCCUUCGAAAUGUCUUAGGCCUGGAAACCUGUCCCUUGUGCCCAGGUGCUGCCAGUCUCCAAGAGAUCUGAAAUGCCUGGCCGCCUUGCUCCUGGGGCUCAGGUGUGGGACACGGUAGACCAAGAGCAGAAACUUCGAUGCCAAAUGGCUGGUCUGGUGCAGAUGACUGAGCCUCCAGCUUUCCCUUCACUGAAGUGCCUCACAGUUCAUAGAGGUCACAAAUACUGUCUAUUUAUGAAAAAAAAAACACCCUGCUCUCCUCCUUUCCUCCUUACCUGCCCGCCCCCCCCCCCCCACCCCUCCCACCCUCCCAGGAAACAUCCCAGCCUGGUGCAUGGUACUAUCAUGCCAAUGUCACUGAAACUACUUUGAGUUGCUUUUUUGUGAUUUAUUUUCCAGAACAGUAUAUUCGGGUAAGAAGUCUUCGUUGCAUUCGGCAUGAAAAACUACUGGCAAACCCAUAAGAGACUCUUGAAUACAGAGAACAAACUGAGGGUUGAUGGGGGAGAGGCGGGGGAGAGGGGAAAAUGGGUGAUGGGCAUUGAGGAGGCACUUGGUGGGAUGAGCACUGGGUGUUGUAUGCAAGCGAUGAAUCAUGGGAAUCUACCCCCGAAACCAAGAGCACACUGUAUACACUGUAUGGUAGCCAACUUGACAAUAAAUUAUAUUAAAAAAAAAAAAAAAAA